UUCUGCUUGUGCAGUGUGUGUUGUGUCUUGAUAGAAGUAAUUAGAUAGUCAUUUGAUGUAAAAUGUAUAAUUGUUGUCUGAGAUGCACAUGAUUUCUUAUCUCUGUACCUUUGGUUGGAUUCCAUUGCAAGUAUCGUUGGGCCGUUGAAAUGAAAUGUGAUCGCCUUGUUCCGAAAUUGCUCAGUACAAUCCUUUUUCACAAUCACUUGUGAAAAAUCCACACAAAGUACCCUUGCUAUAGUCUAUAGAUCGAUCUCAUCCCCUGCUGCUUCAUCGAUCGUCUUCAUCCAUCAUGCUAUUGCUUCCCCUUCAUUAAUUUGGAACCAGAACAAGCUUCAACUCUCUGGUGUUAAAUUUCUCAAAGAGAUCUUUCAUCUGGCAUUUUACUGAAUAAUGAAGAGUAGUUCCAAAGUCCAAACACAGGUGUUGUCUGUCCCCCUACUUAAUCUUCCAGCACAAUCUUAAAGGAAAAUUUCUUUAAUGGCUCUUGUUGCAGUAAGCUCUGUUAUCAACAGUACUUUGGUGCCGUUGCUAUCGGGAGAAGUGAAACUGUUGAGGAAUAUCCACACCGAAAUUGCCAGCAUCAAAGCUGAAUUAGAAAGCAUAAUAUCAUUCCUAAAAGAUGCAGAUUCAAGUCCAAAAUUAGAAAACGAGAGGGCCAAAAAUUGGGUGAAACAGGUACGGGUAUUGGCUUACCAGAUCGAGGAUGUCAUAGACGAAUACAUACUUCUCCUGGCAGAAAAUCGACAACGACGUGGUUUCAUAAGUUUCCUUCGCAAACUCUCUCACUCAAUCAGUAAACUCAAGCCACAGCAUGAUAUCGCCUCUCAAAUUCAAGAUAUCAAAAUAAAUAUUGGUGAGAUCAAGAAAAGGGCUGAUAGGUAUGGUUUCAGUUCCUUAGAACUUGGGUCAAGCCGUAAAACAGAAGAGAAAGUACUUGAUGACCCUCGUGUUGCAUCCCUUUUCAUUGAGGAAGAUGAAGUCGUGGGCAUUGAGUCCACCGAAGAAGAACUGAUCCACAGGCUGCUAAAUAGAGAAUCAAACCGAACAGUCACUUCACUAGUGGGUAUGGGAGGAUGUGGCAAGACCACUCUUGCCAAGAAAAUUUUUGACAACCAAAAAGUGGUUGAACUCUUCGAUUGCAAGGCUUGGGUAUCGGUCUCUCAAUCAUACAAGACAGAGGACAUCUUUAGAAGAGUGAUGAAGCAGAUAUGUCAGGCAAGAAAGGAGUGCGCACGUGAGGGAACCGAUCUAAUGGACCAAAAUUCUCUCAUUCACAUGCUGAGGGAAUAUUUACUUGAGAAGAGGUAUCUAAUUGUUUUUGACGACGUAUGGAGUACUGACUUUUGGAGAUUUGUAAAACUCGCUUUACCCAAAAAUAGCAAAGGAAGUCAAAUAAUUGUCACUACACGCAUCCAACAUGUUGCUUCUUUUUGCAAGGAAUCCUCAUCGGAUCACGUUUGCAAGGUGGAGGCCCUAAUUGAGGAGGAGGCCUGGAAACUCUUUUGCAUGAAAACAUUCCAACAGGACUUUGGUGGUCGUUGUCCUCCCGAGUUAGAGAAAGUAUCCCAUGCCAUUGUUAGAAAAUGCGAAGGAUUACCACUUGCAAUUGUGACAAUAGGUGCUCUCUUGUCCACUAAAAGUAAGGUUGCAUCCGAAUGGCAAAGAUUCUAUGAUAGCUUUGGAUCUGAGUUAGAAAGGAAUUUGGAUCUCUCAAACGUCACAAAAAUUGUGUUGCUUAGUUACGAUGACCUACCUUACUACCUCAAACCAUGUUUCUUGUACUUUGGCAUAAUACCCGAGGACUAUCAAAUCACCCGUGGAAGACUAAUUCGACUGUGGAUAGCCGAGGGUUUCAUUGAAGGACAGAAAGGAAAAACCUUGGAAGAAGUCGCAGAAGAACACUUGACUGAGCUUGUUCAUAGAAGCUUGGUUCAAGUUUCAAAGACAGAAUUGGAUGGUAGAAUUAAAAGAUGUCAGGUCCAUGAUGUCGUCCAUGAGAUCAUUGUCGCAAAGUGUGACGAGUUGAGUUUUUGCCAAGUUUUGGGAGAAGCAGAUCAAAGUUGGAACAAUGAAACUCGACGAUGGUCAAUACAUCUGCGAAACAUAACGAAUAAGGAUUUGAAAACCAUGAGUAGUAGCAAAUCCAGAAUCCGUUCAGUUUUUCUUUUCUCUGUAGGGGAGAUUCCAAAGGAGCAGUUAUUGGGUACUCUAGCUAGAAAUUUCAAACUUUUGAAAGUACUAGAUCUCGAGGAUGCUCCUCUUGAUCAACUUCAUGAAGACGUGGGAAAUCUUCUUCAUUUGCGAUACUUAAGUGUCAAGAGGACAAAAGUGAAGAUAAUUCCGAAGUCCAUUGGAAAUCUACACAACUUACAAACUUUGAACUUGAAAGACUCACAGGUGUCUGUGCUACAAAUUGGGAUCUUAAGUAAACUCCAUAAGUUGCGGCAUCUUAUGGCCGCGUCUCGAUAUAUGGAAAGAGGAUUGAAGAUACGAGGAGGGAUUGGACAUUUAAAAGAGUUACAGACAUUGUGGGGCUUGGAGGCAAAUGAUGAUUUAAUCAAAGAGCUAAAAAAAUUGAGAAAAUUGAGGAAGUUUGGUAUUAUGAACUUGAAACAAGAACAUUGUGGGGCUCUCUGUACCGCUAUUGAGAAGAUGAAUCACCUUCAAUUUUUGAGGGUUAGGGCUAUAGACGACGACGAACUUCUGGAUUUGCAGUUUCUUUCUCCCCCCGAAUCUCUUCUGCAUCUCCACUUGCGGGGACGUUUUGAAUCGUUUCCAAACUGGAUAUCGAGCCUCAGUAAUAUAAGAGGGUCAGGGUUGACCGGUGUUCAUGCAAUAAAAGCUCUUCAAGCAUUACCUAAUUUGGUAAUACUUAAUUUCUUCCACUGGUAUGAUGGAGAACAAUUGUAUUUCGACGUCGGAGGGUUUCCAAAGCUUAAGUUGCUAUCCCUCCGAUUCUUAAAGGAGUUGAAUUCGGUUAUAAUAGAGGAAGGAGGAUUGCCCGUUCUUAACACGCUUUGGAUUGAAGAUUGCCCACAACUGAAGGAGGUGCCCUCCGGCAUCCGCAACCUCAGAGAACUCAAAUCACUUUAUUUUGAAGAUAUGCCAACAGAGUUCUUAGACAGAAUGCAACCAGGCAAAGGGCAAGACUAUUGGGUUAUUGCACAUAUACCUGAUGUCAAGUUUUUUUGGACGGGUGGAGGAAGGAAACCUAAAUGGUAUACUCCCCGGGAAUUCCAAGACGUGAGGGAAAGCCAGAGGCUGAAUGAUACCUGAAAAGGUGGGGGAAGUUGAAUAAUGUUCUGAACAACCCCGCAACAAUUAAAGGUUUUACUCCCAGCAGCACUUGAAGUGGAUGAAAUUCAUGUUGAGGACGAUAAAGAAUUCCAAGUAUUUCAAAGUACUUCGUACUCACAUCAUUCACAUCACGAUGAAUGCGUUUCAGUUGCCGUUGGUUUUCAUUUCCUUUGUUGUGUGACAUGAAUAAGGGAAUCUCUGCCCCCUACACUUAAAUGGUCGCUAUGAUUUUGACAGAUGUUGUUUUCGGCAUUGUCUUUUGUUUGUUGUUGUACCAAGACUUCUUGUACCAAGGCAACAUAUCCUAUGUCUGUAUUAUUGCAUAUAUAAUACGUUCAAAUAUUAAACUACAGUGAUAGCGGCUUGGAAUUGGAUCGUUUAGUGAGCCCGUUGAGCAUUCAUUCACCCGUUUCAUGAUUAAAUUCUGACCAUUAGAAACCAAUGAACUUGUCAUUGGCUUAGUGGAGACGACUCAACAAGACCAGAUUUAGACAAACGAGAAAUUUUCCAAGCUGAUUCGAUCACAUUGA